ACGACUCGUAAUCAAUCAUACGCUCUGAUCUUUUCAAAGCUCUAGCCAAUUUAAAUGUUAUUAGUUUUUCUACUCGAGCUGUGUAGUAUACGCCACCUUUGCUAUGUUGUAUGAUCAUUGAUUGACACCAUAUGGGACAUUCCACUGAUUGAAAGAUGAAUAGCAACCCUGCCAUGAAAUGAUGCUACAAAAGAUAGUCGGCUACUGACUGACAAUACUAUUGAAGCAGUAUGAUCAACAGCAGAGGUUCUGAAGGAGAAAGCAUUUAGUGACAUUAAAAAUGGAGACCUGCUAUAAAGAUAUCAUUUAAAGAUUUAAAGAUUACCUGAAUGUAUACUUCAUGGAUGCAAUCAUAAACUCAAUUUUGUUGAAGUACAGAAACAGAAACUUGUAAAUUGAUACUCGGCACUGCUCCUGAGUUAUUGAUGAUACUUUCUCCGGUCCGUGAAGAUGUAAUCGUAGAAAGAGGAAAUUGUUUGAAACCCAGGAACUCUGCUACGCCAGCCUUUGGAUUGCCCCUUGAUCACGGAUGUUACAGAGCACUGAAGACCGGGGAUCCACCUGGAGCUAUUGGAGACUUAGUGGGAUCCACAUAUCUCCCAAGAUGCGCUUCAAUCAGAAGGAGCUAGCAGGGGUCGGCAUGGAGCCCUCCAAGUAUUUCACCAAAGAGGGACCUCUCUACAUGAAAGUCAAUGCUGGUGGUUGGCGCAAGAAAGGUCUGGAUUACAGUGAAAGAUGGUGCAGACUACGAGGUAAUCUUCUUUUCUUCUUCAAGGAUCGUAACCUCCUCCCGGAGCCUCAAGGGGUCAUCGUACUUGAGCAGUGCUUUAUCAAAGAGGAAUAUGCCGAGGUCAAACCACAUGCCUUCUCUCUAGAAUUUGUCGGAGAGGAACACAACCAGUACUUUGCUGCACACUCCACAGAACUUAGAGACGAGUGGGUAGCGGCGAUACGCCUGGCAAGCUACGAGAUGCUACGUGUACAGCUACAGAAGCUUCGCAUCCAGAUCUUAGCGCGCACAGGUCGUGACCCCAUUAGUGAGGGUCAACCAGGGGUCAUUGACCCUGGUAACCUCUCUGAUGGGAUGCAGAAUGACCCAGUCCUGGAGAUGUCGAUAUCCUGCAAUCAUCUCCCUAUGAAAUCAAAUGGCGAUGAACCUAGCGUGUUUGCAAGCAUCAACUGUAUGACGCCGCCUGAUACAAGAUGGUUAAACUGCGGUCAAACAGAGAUCAUUGAUAAACAAUCUAAUCCAUUCUUUGUAUCAACGGUAGUCUUUGAGACUAGUCGCAAUAUCGCUGUCAUCACCAGGUUACGCGCUAAUAUUUAUGCAGUGGAAGACAGGACAAACCAGUCGCAUUGUGCUAUAGGUCAUGCCAUCUGUUCCUUCAAAGACAUCAUCGCAGCUCCGGGUAACAAGCUUGUACUCAACAUCAUCGGUGCUGAUGAUAAGCCUUGCGGUGGCACCAUCAGUCUGCUGCUAUGGGAGCUUGAUCAGUGUGUGUCUCCUGAAACUGAGAGAGGUUUUCAAGUAGUGACCCCGCCAGAUCCACUCAGUAAUAUGAUCAUUGGGCAGGUACCCCCAUCACCCACCACUCUGCACCCACCUCGCUUAGGCACACUCCAUACCCCAUCUACUAGAGACUCCAUCUCAAAGGGUCUGUAUGGCUGUGUGUGUAAUAAGAAGUAUCGCUAUCUCAACCCAGAUGGAAAGAUAGUACAGGUGGAAGAGAUCAUGGCGGAGAGCAAACUCUCGUUCUACAUUCCACAGAAGAUGUUAGAAUUAUAUUUAGAUGAGGAGAAGAGGAAGUUAAAAGAACUUUCAGUGUUUGCCUUGCCCUCAGAAGACUGGGAUAGAAUAGGUCGAGCUGUGAUGGCUGAACAUGUUACUAUGAUAGAACAGUACACACAAUCCUUGGAUCAACUAAAGAAGAUGCAGAAAAAGGAGCUUAGGUUAUUCAAGAAGAGCACAGAGAAGACUGAUAAGAGACUUGAGUUUGUACCUACCAAUCUUCAUCUUCAGAGAUUGAGAGUUGAGGAGCAAGGCUCAAAAGGAGUUGUAUAUAACACCAUCACCUUUGGAGCCCCCUGUGCACACACAAUGAAGUUCAAACAUGGAGGACUAAGAAGACUUUUCCAGCAGUAUGCAGAUGAACAAAGUAGACUUGUUGGCAACAAUCAUUGCCUAUCCUCCCAAGCAGCUGAUGUGUUAACCAGAGUGUCUGAGCUGAGAGAGAAGGUUGAUCAGUGCUGUAAAGACGUUAGCUUAGCUGCCAAGUACAAAGAUGUCACCACCAUGAAGCAUAUGACACAGGCUCUCAUUGAACAGAUUAACAUCUUCUGCAGAGAGGUAACCUUACUCUUAGAGCAGUGUGUAGUCCCAGCAUUACAGAAGACCCAUGGAUCAUACCAAGAUGCUACUAAGGCUGAAGGCAAGUCAGAUCGCAAGCAUCAUAAAAGUCACCAUCAUCCUGUUACCACCGACAAUGGGAGCGCUGGUAAUUCACGCAACAGCAGCAUCAGUGUUUCAUCACCACCCCAGAGGAGUAGCGUACUAAGCUCAGGUAGUGGAUGUACAAGCCCCACUAGCCCUAGUACUGGUGUGUCAAAUGGGAUCUAUGAAGAUUGGGAGAUGAAUGGAGUAUGUUUACCUGGAAAAUCAUGUCCUAACAGAGAAGGUGUCCCAUCAUGGGAUUGUAUGUGCAAGAAGAUUCUGGACUCUGUGAGCAUGCUACAGCAAGUAGUUGAGAUGUUACCUGAGGCUGCUAGUGCUGAGGAGAGAAUGGUAGCAGUAGACCCUGGACUCCAGUCUCUCAAUGAGGCUCUGAUCAAGCUACAAGAACAAGCCAAGUUCAGUGUGGGCUUCCAGAGAUUACAGGAGGAAUACAAAAACCUUGAUUUUUUGCAGAAUCUACAGAACAGAAGAGACCUUGUAUUUUCCCAAGUGAUCACAUCUCUGAUUGUUGGUGUAGUGACACAGCUCAAAGAGAACAUCAACAACAGAGGUUACCUCAAACAGCUCUGUAAACUAGGAUUCUUAGCCCACUUUGAGAGUCUACUCAGUACAUAUGGUGAUGAGAUGGGGAUGCUGGAAGACAUGUCAGCAUCAAUCAAAGAUCUUCAAGGAGUAACAUUCAAGUUGAUUCCAAGCAAAUCAGAAGAUGAUAAACCUAUCCUCUGUGGAAGCAGAUGCAGCAUAGUAGUAGAAGUACCGCUGGAUGUGAACACCUUGACCAAGCUACCAGAUGACCUCAGUAGAGGUCAGCCCAUCAAGGUCACUCCCAUUCUCUUCACUGUAGGGAUCAAUGAAGAACAGUCACUUGCUGAAUUGUUUGGAGACACAUCAUUACAGGAAGCUAUCAACAAGGAGAACAUGCACAAAAUAGAUGUCUACUUUGACAGAUACUUGAGAUUAAUACAACAUGAAGAUCGUCCUCAUUCGACGAGUACAUUGAGUAUAGAGCUGCUGAUGACAAGCUUGAGGCAUCAUGUACAGUCUAAGAGACAGAAGAAUGUCGAGAUACUACACAUCAGCAGACAGUUGGUGAGACGAAUCAAUGGUAUCCGUUUCAUGAGCUGUAAGAGUGCCAAGGAUAGGACAGGCAUGUCUGUUACGUUAGAACAAUGUCAACUACUUCAAGAUGAACACAAGAUGGAGCCCCAUAUGUUUGUACAUCUACUCAACACCAUGCGCAGUGAGGGAACAAGGAGAGACAACUCGAGAAAGAACACUGGAAUCAACAAGUACGCAUUCAACAAGAUGCAGUUAAGAGCGUUCCCUAAACUAUACAGACCACCAGAGGGCACAUAUGGUAAAACGGUUACAACAUAGUCCCUAAACUAUACAGACCACCAGAGGGCACGUAUGGUAAAACGGUUACAACAUAGUCCCUAAACUAUACAGACCAUCAGAGGGCACGUAUGGUAAAACGGUUACAACAUAGUCCCUAAACUAUACAGACCACCAGAGGGCAUGUAUGGUAAAACGGUUACAACAUAGUCCCUAAACUAUACAGACCACCAGAGGGCACGUAUGGUAAAACGGUUACAACAUAGUCCCUAAACUAUACAGACCAUCAGAGGGCACGUUUGGUAAAACGGUUACAACAUAGUCCCUAAACUAUACAGACCACCAGAGGGCAUGUAUGGUAAAACGGUUACAACAUAGUCCCUAAAACUAUACAGACCACCAGAGGGCACAUAUGGUAAAACGGUUACAACAUAGUCCCUAAACUAUACAGACCACCAGAGGGCAUGUAUGGUAAAACGGUUACUGAAUGAUAUAGUUCUGAAUGACAUUGGUAGUACCAAACAGUGUAGAAGUAUAUACUGCACUAUGUUAAUGGAUUUAUAGGCAAUGUAGCUGGAUACAUGUAUGAGAUAUCUGUGCAUGAAGGCAACUUAGUUGGAGUUAGAAAGUCAUUCAGGGAGAUCAGUUCACCUGGGGGCCCAUUUCACAAAGCUUUUUUCAAUGACAAAUGACAAAAAUCAGUGACACAAUCUGCUGAUAUUCAAUCAGAAGCAAGGAUUUCAGUAGCUUAUAACAAAAACUGUCAUUUGUCACUGGUGACAAGUUUUGUGAAACGUCCCCCUGGUGUCACUACAUGUAGCCAGAGAUCAACUGUGUAGCUGUAGAAGACUUCUUGCACUGUUUGAUUUGACAGAUGGCUGGGUAUAUGAAGCAAGGUGGUAGCAGAUGAAUGCCAUGACAGUGUGAAAGGGAAUAAUGGGAUUGGUUGAACAGGUUUUAUUUACACUAUUCAACAAGAGGAAAAAGACGGAUACUGCCAUUCAGUAGCCCCACCGUGCCAAUCAUUACCACCAAUACCAACAUUCUACAUUUGUCAGAUUUGUUGGAAUGAUGGUAGAAUUGUAAACAAACAGAUGUUAUAAAAUUCUUGUUGAACAUCUACCUGGCCACUAUAGCAGUAUUUUUAUAGUACAAUUGAAGACGUUGUAACAUGUUCUUAAUAAUGAAAGAAAUGUAUACUACCAUCAUUAUUGUCAUUGAUCUCUGCCAUUCAUGCACAGAAUUUUAGUAUAUGUGUGGUCUUAUGAUUUGGUCUCAUUUCAAGAUUGCUUAAGAAUGAAAAUUAAACUUAUCUAGUUUACUAGACAUUUCACUCCCAUCUGAAAUGCUAGUGGUUGCAUUGGGUUAAAUAAAAAAAUAGCAAAGCUGCAGGGGCCUAAUCUAUGACUGGAAUCUGUUGAAUUAUGCAUCUCAAAUAUUCAGAUCACACUACACGUAUAUAACUGACUGGUACCAUGUCUUUUAGCUCUAAGAAUAUGGACCUCGUUUAAUAGUUUUGCAAUCAUGCCUUCUCAGGAAUCAUUUGAUUUUCUGUCAUAUAAAACUGCAGAAGAAACAUUUUACUCAGUUAUGAAUCUCAACUUCACUAAAUAUGUGUUAUGUGAUAACAAUAUGUGAUAGGAGUUUUGUGGUGCUUUCUUUGUGUGAUUUGUGUAGUAGUGAAAAUAAGGAAUACUUGUAUUGUAGGUACCCAGUUUGACAGUAAUUUAUGACUGCAAUGUGCAAGGCUGAAAGGGAGAUAUAUAUAUAUAUAUAUAGUUUAUAAACUAUUUCAUUAUAUUUUUGUAAUAACACGUACCAUUAGGAUAAUUCACCAAAGUUAGAAGCAUGUGAUAGAAUGUGGUUCCAUACUACAUUAAUUAAAUAUCUCUGUUUUGUGAGAAUAAGUAUUCAAGAUAUAACUAAAGAUUUGCACUAAACUGUUUGUAUAAGCUAGACCUGUGAGGGUUGAACAACUCUGGAAUCACUGCAUUUUCAUGAUUUUCUAUCCUUGUAUUUAGCAGAAUAACUGGUUCUCUGAGCUAAUGAAUAUUUGUUUGAUUCAUUGUUUAUUGUUCCCACUGAAAAUAAUAAACAUGUAGCAAGUAUUUUUUAAUAAUUUCAAUACCAAGAUGGGGCAAAGUGAGUGACGCUUCAAAGUAAACUCAUGAUAAUAAUAAUAAUAAUAGCUAGUUCUUAUAUAGCGCUUUUCAAGACCGAAGGCCCUCUCUUGUAGUCAUGGCGAUGAUGAUGAUGAUCUUGUUAGUUCAUGAAUGGGGAUAUUUCCUCUUUUCUUUUGUGUGUGUCAUGCAUUGUAUUAAACUGUUGUUUGAAUUUGACUUUGGAGAUUUUUCACAGAGCUCAUGUGAUGUAAUCAAAGUCGAAUGUGAAUUUGCCCAUAUCAAACAUACCCAGAUCAAACUGUUUUUUAAGUAAAAGAUGAAAGGAAAAAAAUGAUGGUUGUCUUUUAAAGCCCCACUGCACUACGUAUAGCUACUUGCGCCCUCUAUAUAGCAAACAAUGCUUAAUCGGUGACCAUUGGUCUCCCAUUAUCCCCUGUUUUCUUAUGUGAAUUGAGAGCUGAUUUGAUGAGAUAACCACCUGUCAGUGACUAUGCAGGGAGGUCUAAUCCCUCCUGGCCAAACUACUGCAGUGGGGCUUUAACAUGGAGAGAACGGCAGGUUCUUUUUCAUUGUUUCCUUGAAACACCUAUUUGUUUUUUUUCCCGUUUCUAUUUCUUUCUAUACUUUGUAUUCCAUUUCAAUUAUGUUUAUGAUGAGAACCUUAACUACGAAAUGAACUGUAAACCGUCUAAUCCUUUCCUAUAUAUCUUUUAUCCAAGCAACAGGAAUAUAAAUGAGUGCUUUAAUUGAAUUAUGAUAAACGAGAAUCUCCUGUAAAGGACCAUCUUCUAAUAAAAUUAAACCAUUUUGUACUGUAGCCUUUCUUAAUUCUAUUUUUCUUCCCUUUUUUUUUUGUGGUUUAAACAAAUGCUUAUGCAACUCAUGAAAUAGAUAAGAAAUCCUUGAGUAAUUUUUGUAACAUGUAUGUCUUUUUAAUCAUUAACAAUCAAACAGCAAAGGCUUGCUAUAAGAACGAUUCUUAUGCAACUCAUGAAAUAAAUAAGAAAUCCUUGAGUUAAAUUUGUACAUGUAUGACUUUUUAAUCAUUAACAAUCAAACAGCAAAGGCUUGCUAUAAGAACGAUACUUAUGCAACUCAUGAAAUGAAUAAGAAAUCCUUGAGUAAUUUUUGUAACAUGUAUGUCUUUUUAAUCAUUAACAAUCAAACAGCAAAGGCUUGCUAUAAGAACGAUACUUAUGCAACUCAUGAAAUGAAUAAGAAAUCCUUGAGUUAAAUUUGUACAUGUAUGACUUUUUAAACAUCAAUAUUGUAUUUAUAUACAUGUAUCUUAGCAUAUGAGUAUUGUGACAUGUUGUGUACAGACAGAUUUUAGUUCCAACAUGAAUCUCAAAUGUUUGUACCUUUGUACAUAUCUUAUUUAUGAUGUAUAUUCUUUAGUACAAAAAGAUAGUCCAAUUAUACUUGAUUACUGCAUACUAUAUACUUGUACAAUGUACAUUUCGGAAGAACUCUGAUAAUAUAUACUGUUUCUUGUAAAUAGUCUGGUCUUUUAUUUUUUUCAAUUCCUUGUUUCUUUGAUGCUAUCAGAGAAGAGAACCAUAUGCAUGGAGGGCUAAAACCUUUCAAAGAUGUAUUUUUCAUCUGAAGUUAUUGAUAUACGUUGUAUUUGCCUUGAUGUACUUGUUCUCUAUAAAGGAACGUAACAAUGCUUGGAUGUAUAAAUUGCUAAGGAUCGAUUGAAAUAUUUUGUGUAUGUUAACUCCUGUUCAAUAAUAGCCAUAUAUCAGAAUGAAGAUUGAUUUAAAAAAAAACAAUUAAUAAAAUUAAUAAACUGAUUA